GAUGUUGGGACCAGCUACGAGACCAUGUACUACAGCCCUGUGCAACGCAUCUUUCAAAUAGUGUCCUUCAAGUUGAAUCACGAAUCAGCUUCCAAUACCAAGCUGACGACUAAGAAGCUUUUCGAGAUCUUGUCUGCCAACUUGACGGUGACAUCGGGGGAGGCAGUGACGCAGUCCUUCCUCGAAGUCUUGAUGGCUCUGUGGAAUUCCUUGCUGAGCGACACUUCUUUCCGAGAGGAAGUCCUGCUUUCUGAGGAGGUUUUCGGAAAGCGAAGUCCCAUCAAGUCCAUAUAUGUUUUGCGAGACCUUGCCACUGCUUGCAAGAAGCAACCGCCUUGCGUGAAGUGGGUGUUCGAUGCCCUCAUGGAUGCGGCGUUGAACAAAAUCUUCAAGCAAGGUUUUGCCUGGAUUGAUGGGGGCGCACUGCUUCUGAGGCUGUUGCAUAUGUGGGCAUGGAAGUAUGUCCUGAAAGAUGAGAUCCUGGACAUGCUGUUGGCUCACAAGAGCCUGCCAUGUGAGGACGCAAAACGCAUCCGGGAGAAACUCUCCACUCAGGAGUCGUGGCGCAAGGCAAUGGCUGGUGGCCUUCUCUUCUCGCGGGAGACGCUCGACAAUAUCCCUGACAAUGAACUUGACCCUAGCAUUUUGACUGCAAUUGGUGAUUCAAGUGUCGCCCAUGACAUUGUAAUGAUCUGGACAUGGCGCCGAGGCAAAUCCGUGAAAGUCGUGGCCAACAAAUCGUGGCUGGGGGCGCUGCAGCCAGCCAGUCAAGAGGCUGCGGAUUUUCUGGCAGAUCUCAUUUACACCAAGAAGUACGACGAGAAGGUGAAGAGCGUGUUGCACACCAACUUUGACGUGAAUGCCCUUCUCGAGCGCGAGGUGCUGAAGCCCAUCUGGGACAAGCUAACCAAGAAAGCCGACAAAACGGCUGCGGCAACGCAGGCGGGGUGCGUUGGAUGA